AUUCUCAGUAGAAUCCAUUCCAUUUGUUUACGACAUAAAAGUGGAGCGAUAAUGAAGUGCUAGAUGUGGAGAUUGGCAAAAACAAUUCAAAAAGGACUACCAGAAAGCUAUUUGUCUCGUAAUUAAACAAGUAAAAUGUCCUCAUCUCAACCAAUGCGAUUUAAAGACAAGAAAACGUUUCAUGCAAGAAAAAAAGACUCUGAAGCCAUUUUGGCCCAAUAUCCAGAUAAAAUCCCAAUAAUCAUUGAAAAGUACAAGAAUGAGAGAAAUUUGCCAGUCCUUGAUAAGAUCAAAUACCUGGUGCCAUUUGACAUGACAAUGGGCAGUUUGACAAGUAUUAUCAGAAAACGGUUACAACUGUCAUCAGCCCAGUCAUUGUUUAUGCUUGUUAAUCAAAAAAGUUUGACAUGUGCAUCAACAGUGGUUGGAGAUGUUUAUAAAGACGAUAAAGAUGAUGAUGGAUUUUUAUAUAUUGUCUAUGCAUCACAAGAAAUUUUUGGCUGAUUGCUAACUCUCACACUGUGCUGAACUUGUAGAUUUUCUUUUGUGUAUAUAAGUACCGAGCUAGUCUGACCUGACAAGUAAAUAAUAUAUGUGCCAGGAAAGUUGUGAUAUAAACAUAUUUAUUAUCUACACAAACUAGUCAACAUAGAAUAAGACAUUCUCAUCACCAACAUGCAGUCACAUUGAUUGUAUUUUGAUCCUUUGAGCCAAUUUAGAAUCACUCCAUGAACUUUUUCAGACGGAUACUUAUGUAGCAGGUUGUUUUUAGAUACAAUAUUAACAGUUUGAUAUUGUGUUUUAUUUGCUUGAUGUCUAAUGUGCAAACCACUCUGUUUUUAUGAGUUGGGAAAGUAUGUUAAUUAUUUUAAAUCCAAGUCUGGGAUCUGAACUCUAGAUGUGAAAAAUGAACCAAGAUUUAUUAACUAAACAUUCGACCUAUAUAUCUAGAUGAAGAGCAAUUACCAAGAGAAAAACUUGUUGCAAGGGAAGGCAUUUAUAGUAAUGAUCAGUUGUUACACAAAUCUUUGCUAUCUGAAUUGUUUGGAGUGUUUGUCUCAUGAGUAUACUGAAUUGCAAUGCCUGUCCGCCCUUGAAUGGCAUCAACUAUUUCUGUUUCUCCAAGUUUCCUUUCCAGCCCUUUCCAUGCUCUUGUGUUUAGGAAGGAAGCUGUAAUUCAUAAAAAUAGCACAUUUUAUUGAUAAACGCUAAUAUUUCAAAGAUGGUUAAAUGACAGUCAGUAUACCAUGAAUUGAUAGAGAAAGCUUGCAAAUGUUUUUAUAUUUAUUUGCAAAUUUCUUUAAAUAAAUUUAGCUUUUUUGCAUAAAUAUUCAUUAUAACUUUCUCUAAAACUAAAAAGUCUACCUAACAAAACAUUUACCUGAACUAUUUUCUCCAAACAUUGCAACUGCAUUUUCUUGGUUUUUCAGAACCACAUCAGUUGAAUUUCCUUUUUCUGUCGUAAAGUAAUAUUCAUUCAUACACUUUCUGCCUCAAUCUGGUCCGAUCAAAAUCAAUGUUUCAUAUAAUAUUAUUAGUUAUUCUAUCAAUAACUUGUCUAUUUCAUAUCUGAACAUUACUGAUCUAAAUAUCAAAGGUUUUUACAACUCUUUUUUUUUCACCCAGAGAAACUAGUUGGAAUUUAUAGAAUGCAACAGUAGAGGAAUUUCAUAACUGUGAUCUAUUCCAUAUAAAAGAAUGGUGUUUUUAUGGCCAAUAAUGUUUUCAUGGUUUUGCAAUCCUAUUUGCAAAAGCACUUAACAAAUUCAAUCUCUAUAUUGUAAAUUUUAAGGGAAGCAAACUUUAUUAAGUAAUCAACCCAUUUAUGAAAACUUUGGCUUUUAUUUUAAAAGAAUACUAAAAUACCUAAAGAAAAUUAAUCAAUUAAAAAACUAUUUACCUUUCUUGUAAUGAUCAGCUCUGUGUAUCAAACUUCCAGAAAUCAGCGAAAACUCUGGCUCUUCCUCCUAAUGAAAAUUCGUGCAUAAGAACUUUAAGGAAUGGAAACAUGGCUUUCUUCGGCUAAGAAGAAACUCAAAAUUUUGAUUGUUGUUUAAAAUUAAAUGUAAUAAUAGAGAGUCUAAUCUGACGGGGCAUAAUGCCUUUAAAUCUUUGGUUUGAAAUUUGAAAUGAUAAGCACGUUCACUGGUAUAAUCUGCAGUGAAAAUCUCAUGUGAAUAGAUGGCAUUACUAGAAGAGAAGAAAAAGGAUAUAUAGGAUGUACCUUCUCAAUUUGCCCUUUGUCUUCAAAAUCAACAAAAGAUGCAGCACCUAAAGAGGUGAAAGCAAUGUUUGCACAAGUUGAAUGGCGUUAUUACACCUCUACUAUUUUAAAAAUAUAUCGGAGAUACACCUUUUUUGAUGUCAUGUAUUGUAGAAUAUAAUGUCAUCUACCUUAGCGCAUUGCUUCAGACCUACCAAGUCACACAUAUUUUGCAUGAGACACAUACAUUUCGGUACUUUCUCACCCUCACAUGCAUCAAAGCAGAAUUCUCAUGCAUGUUGCAACAAACUUCUUGGUAUGUUUAAAUUUUUAUUCCAAAUCCUAGCAAAAUCCCUCUUUCUUAACAAGACAUGUUAGCAUAAUAACAACGAUUAGAUAAUUAGAUGACUAGAUAACAGCAAAUCCGUACAAAUAUAAGUGAUGUUACAUUUAUUGGCAAGGCUACACAAAUAGCAGGUAAGCUUUUUCGCGAUUAUGACACAUUGUGAACUGAUUGGAAAUGUAAACGAGGAGCAUAAUAUGCUUUACAUCUUUACCCUUAAGUUAGACUUUUGCUUUACCCUUAAGUUAGACUUUCAAUUUAGCAGAUUUCAAUAGGAGUUGUCAGAGCGGAGUUACUUUUUCUCGAGAAUGAUAUUUGGGGCUGCAGUUACACUACGAUGCUCCUCCGCUUGCUUGUACGCCUGAAUUCCUUCCUCUGCGUUACUGGUCCACAGUUCUGUGCACUUUGCAAUCAUUUGCGCAGCGCAAGUGCACCAGAUUAAUUUAUUUCAUGAAUAUGUACUGUUAUUAAUUCUUUCUCGAUAAAAACUGAAUUGAAUGGGGAAAAAAGCUCCCUAUAUCCCCCCACCGGCUUCUGCCGAAGAACUAGAGGGCGUUGCAAAAGAAAGGUUUCUGGAGUUGCGCCCCUGGACCCUACUUCUGGUUGUGUGGCAGUCAGGAUUCGUUAUGCAUUGGUUAAGGUCCGCUUAUGACGACCAAACAUUUUUCUUUCUUUUUAAAAAAACUCACUCAUUUUCAAAACUGAAACUUGACAGGUCUCUUGCUUCCUAUUACUUAGGUAAUGGUAGAAUCAGCUUAAAAAUUCCUUUUCUUCAACUGCAAGAAAACCAAGCUUAACUAAAUAAGAAUAUCGCAGUCAACAGUGUCCACUAAGAUUAUGAUAAUUACUCCAGAAAAAGUUCGUUGUCCAAGUUUUAAUUUGGAAAAUUCAGUAACCGUAUCAAUAUGGAGCGAAAAAGCAUGAAACCAGACUGAUCUAACUAGAAAAACAGAAAGUAAAUUAAAUACCCGAGCAAAUACCAUUUUCUCAAAUAAUCGUGAAAUUAUAAGAAGCACAGAAAUACGAAGGGGAUAACGAAAACUCAAAGAAAGUCACCUGGUAGAAGUUCUCUGAAAUCUGUUAUGUAUUCACCUGUCCAUUCUCUUCCACUGCAAAGCAAAAAGCUCUUAUUCAAAACAUCACAUAAAUAUUUAAAAUCUUUGAAAGUAGAACUACUCUUUAACUGUAAGGGUAAACUAUGGUGUUAUUUUUUUGUUACAAGGUAGAUAAGUUUGUUAUCUUAGUGGAAAAUAAGAAGGGCAAGCAUUGGCAAUUAUGAUGAAAAAUCCUAAAUGUGUAUUUUAAACAUAUGCUCAAUUUAAGCUUGUGGUACGGCAAAAACUUGAUGGAAACAAUUAAAUUUAAGGAGAUGCAGAAAUUGCACAGUAUUAGCAGGAAUGCUUUUCAGUGUUGCGUCAAAGAUUGCUUCCCAGCAGCUACCUUAAACAGGAUAUUUUUUCUAUUUAAAAACCUUAUGUUCUGUUCAAGUGCAAAGGCCAGAAAUAUUAAAUCCUCAAAAUAAAUACUUUCUUGAUGUAAUCUGCCAUUUUACCUCCACACUGGUGAAGAGAAGAAGAAACGUAUGCACUGCGCUAGUUGCUAUUUACCCAGGUUAACCCAUAUUCGUAAAAAGAUAAAUACUUAUUUCUUCCUCUACGGUCUCACCCUAGGUUUGAAUUGCAU